UAAUAUGCAGCCACAACAAAGCUCAAGAUGGAGUCCAACACCAGUUCAAUUACUAGUCCUUGAAGAAUUGUAUAGGCAAGGAAUGAAAACACCAUCAGCUGAACAAAUCCAACAAAUAGCUUCACAGCUUCGACAAUUCGGGAAGAUUGAAGGGAAAAAUGUGUUCUACUGGUUCCAAAAUCACAAAGCGAGAGAGCGACAGAAGCGUCGUCGCAGGGAGAUGGAGGAAACAACUGGUUCUUCAAAUGAAGAUAAAAAAGAGAAAGAGAAGUACCUUAUGCAAAAUUCAGAAAAGCAAGAAAAUGCAGGAUUGAAAGAGACAGGUAGUGGAGUUAAAGAGACAAAGAAGUGGGGAACCACUUCAAACUUCAGUGAACAAGCAGAGGAUAUAGCAGAAAAGGGAUCAAUACAAGUUUUGAGGAAAAACAUAGCUGCAGAAAGGCAAAGAAAGUGCCAAAAUAUUGAAAUUCCUUAUUACUUCACACCUUUUACUAAAACUUCUUCAGUAGCAGCAGCAAACAGAACAUGUAGUAAUAAUAACACACCUCAUCCAAAUUAUGAAGAACAAAAUGCAGAUUAUCCCAGGACACUGGAUCUUUUUCCAAUUAAGGAGGAUGAACAAGAUGGAAUUUGUCUCUCUGAGAGAAAAUCUUUGUUCUGUGUUAAUGCUUCUUCUAUGGACACUCAUGAAAUCACAUCUUCCAACCAGUUUUUUGAGUUUCUUCCUUUAAGAAAUUGA